AUGUCAGUACGUAAAAAUAGUAAUUCUUGUCGUCCUGCAAAUCGCCCCUUAUCUACCGCAUCAUCGAACAAAAAUGUAACGGCUCCAUUACCACUAAUGAAUAUCGAUUUAGGUAGAUCAUCAUCAUCAUUUAUUCCAUCAUUGCUUGAAAUUAAUCCAGUUUUUGAUUCCAAUACUAAGUUUGAUGCUAGAAGAGGCAGAUCGGAAUCACCAUCUCGAGGUGCAAACGCCGUCUUGCACGAAUUGUUAAAUGAAGAACAGUCUGAAAUUGUUCAAACAUUUAUACAAGAGAUGUUAGAAAAUAAAAAUGAACGUAUCGAAAUAGAACGAAAACUAUACGACACUGAAAUAAAAUUAAUUCGACUACAAAAUGAUUAUACCGUUUUAUCAAAUAAGUUUGAAAUAGCCAAAGUCGAUCAUGAUGAAUGUAAAAGAGAGUUAAAAGAUGUUUUGUCAGAAAAUGUUGAAUUGAAAAAUGAUAUGCGCAUUUUACAAAACAGAAUAACCGAACUAAUUAACGAAAAUCAACGUUCAAAUGGUUCGACUAACAAUUAUAGACCACAACAAACUUUUAACGCGGAUAGAGGACAACGAAAUCAACCAACAUUCGAUUUGUAUGAAUAUGAGAAUGAUAAUAGUGAGUGGAAGUAUAAUCAACCGCAUAAAAAUCCAUCAGCAACAACAAAAAGACGUAGAUACUAG